AACAAUCGAGUCCCGCCCCACCAGUCUGUGCCAUCUUGUAUUUAGCAAGAACAAAAACGGUUUAUGAAACAAGUCCAGUCUCAGGAUGGGGCGCAGAUUUUAGUACGAAUUUUGAAAGUGUGUUUAAAAGCGGGCCGGUGUAUCUGGACAGUAUGCUUGGAGGUAGUAAGCUGCGCGGAAACGACAACCACACCCCACAUAGAAGCUAAUGUAAAUGUUGAGAGCUAUCAAAACUAAGCUAUUCGGUUAGCUGAUGCUAGUAACCCAGUAACGGCAGAGAGACACUGCUGGCCAGCCCGAAGUUUACAGGAAAGCCGGCGUAAUUCGUGAGUCGUCGAUUAAUUAUACGGUACAACAUCAGGAGGACCAUCUGUGGACAUGGGCCAAACGUGGUGGUAAUCGUCUGAAGAGAGGGAUACCCGGGCUAUGAGGAUAAAGGCUCGUUAGCCUGCCUGCUAACAGUUGUUUUUCGGUUCAGAGCGGAACCACAAUAAGCCGCGGCCCUGGCCAUGCCCUCGAAUGCUCGGGCGGGCAAUCUGAAGGACCCAGAGGUGGCAGAUCUCUUCUGCAAAGAUGAUCCGGAGAAGUUGUUUGCAGACCUCCGUGAGAUCGGCCAUGGAAGCUUCGGAGCCGUAUACUUUGCCCGAGAUGUGCGCAAUAAUGAGGUGGUGGCCAUCAAGAAAAUGUCCUACAGUGGUAAACAGACCAAUGAGAAAUGGCAGGACAUCAUUAAAGAGGUGAAGUUCCUGCAGAAACUUCGCCACCCAAACACUAUUGAGUAUCGGGGUUGUUAUCUAAAGGAGCACACAGCAUGGUUGGUGAUGGAGUACUGCCUCGGUUCAGCCUCAGACCUCCUCGAAGUUCACAAAAAGCCACUCCAGGAAGUUGAAAUAGCUGCUAUUACCCAUGGUGCACUGCAGGGAUUAGCAUAUCUUCACUCUCACAAUAUGAUUCACAGGGACGUGAAAGCGGGCAACAUCCUGCUGACAGAGCCCGGUCAGGUCAAACUCGGGGACUUUGGUUCUGCGUCAAUCGUGGCUCCCGCCAAUUCCUUUGUUGGAACUCCUUACUGGAUGGCUCCAGAAGUAAUCUUGGCCAUGGAUGAGGGCCAGUACGAUGGCAAAGUGGAUGUCUGGUCCCUUGGCAUCACCUGCAUUGAGCUGGCUGAGAGGAAGCCCCCGCUGUUCAAUAUGAAUGCUAUGAGUGCCUUAUACCACAUCGCUCAGAAUGAAAGCCCGAUCUUGCAGUCCAAUCACUGGUCUGAUUCCUUCCGCAACUUUGUUGACUCUUGCCUACAGAAGAUUCCCCAGGACCGGCCUACCUCUGACGUGCUGCUAAAUCAUCGCUUUCUGUGUCGUGAGCGUCCGCUGACAGUGAUCAUGGACCUGAUUGCGCGGACAAAGGACGCAGUCCGGGAGCUGGACAACCUACAAUACCGCAAGAUGAAGAAGAUCCUCUUCCAGGAGACUCAGCAAAAUGGCCCCGUGUCCGAAGGAGGAGAGGAUGAAGAGGAGGUGGAGCAGUACCUAUUGCGGACAGGCACCGUCAACAGCAUGGAGAGUUCACAGUCCGUUCCCAGUAUGUCCAUAUCAGCCAGUUCACAAAGCAGCUCAGUCAACAGCCUGGCUGAUGCUUCGGACGACAGCAGCAGUGAGAUGGCCAUGAUGCAGGAGGGAGAGCACACAGUCACUUCCAACAGCUCUAUCAUCCAUCGACCUAUGGGUCAGGAUAACAUCUAUGAUGACCCUUACCAGCCAGAGAUGGAUCAACCCCAGGCUCCAUCCACUGGACGGCGUCGAGCCUACUAUCGCAACCGUGAUCACUUUGCCACCAUCCGAACUGCCUCAUUGGUGACUCGUCAGAUCCAGGAACACGAGCAGGGCUCUGCAUUGCGAGAGCAGAUGUCGGGAUAUAAACGCAUGAGGCGACAGCACCAGAAGCAACUGAUGGGGAUGGAGAACAAGCUGAAGGCAGAAAUGGACGAGCACCAGCUAAAACUAGAUAAAGAGCUAGAGAACCAGAGGAACAGCUUCUCUACCGAAGCCGACAAGUUGGUCAAGAAGCACCAGGCCAUCUUGGAGAAGGAGACUAAAGCAGCUCUGGCAGAGGAGAAGAAGUUCCAACAGCAUAUACUGGGCCAGCAGAAAAAAGAGCUGACCAGUUUAUUGGAGUCACAGAAACGACAGUAUCGACAGCGCAAAGAGCAGCUGAAAGAGGAGCUGAGUGAAAACCAGUCGACUCCAAAGCGUGAGAAGCAGGAGUGGUUAAUUCGUCAGAAGGAAUGUAUGCAGCAAAUGCAGGCGGAGGAAGAGGCCAGCCUGCUCAGGAGGCAGAGGCAGUACUACGAGCUGCAGUGUCGCCAGUACAAGAGGAAGAUGCUGCUGGCUCGCCACAACCUAGAACAGGACCUUCUCAGAGAGGACCUGAACAAGAAACAGACCCAGAAAGAUCUGGAGUGUGCCAUGCUACUGCGACACCAUGAAUCCACGCAGGAGCUGGAGUUCAGGCAACUGGGCUCGGUGCAACGUACUCGGGCCGAACUGAUCCGAACACAACACCAAACGGAACUGACCAACCAGAUGGAGUACAACAAGCGCCGUGAGCAAGAGCUAAGACAAAAACAUGCCAUGGAGGUCAGGCAGCAGCCCAAGAGCCUGAAGUGCAAAGAGCUACAGAUCAAGCGCCAGUUCCAGGAAACCUGUAAAAUCCAGACUCGUCAGUACAAAGCCCUGAGGAACCACCUGCUGGAGAGCACUCCCAAAUCUGACCACAAAGCCGUCCUUAAACGUGUUAAGGAGGAGCAGACCCGUAAACUGGCCAUCCUGGCUGAGCAGUACGACCACUCCAUCAAUGACAUGCUGUCCACACAGGCUGUGAGUAAGCUGCGGCUGGAUGAGACCCAAGAGGCUGAGUACCAGGUGCUGCGGAUGCAGCUGCAGCAAGAGUUGGAGCUGUUGAACGCCUACCAGAGCAAGAUCAAGAUCCACACGGACAGCCAGCAUGAGCGGGAGGUGAAGGACCUGGAGCAAAGGGUUUCUAUCCGCCGAGCCCUCCUCGAGCAACGGAUCGAGGAGGAGAUGCUCUCCCUGCAAAAUGAACGUUCAGAGAGGAUUCGGACUUUGCUUGAGCGCCAGGCUCAUGAGAUUGAGGCCUUCGACUCAGAAAGCAUGCGCCUCGGCUUCAGCAAUAUGGCGCUGACUGGCAUCCCAGCUGAGGCCUUUAACCAGGGCUACCCCACCCCCACUCCCUCGUCCGGAUCCGGUGGCUGGCCAUCACGGCCUGUGCCCCGCUCAGGCAGCCACUGGAGCCACAGCGUGCAGAACUCUGUGGCCACCCCAUCCUGGCGCAGUCAGAACCACAGCGGAGGAAGCUUCAACCGGGCCGAGUCCAUUACAUCCUCCCAUGGUCUUGGCAGGGACAGCGAGCUAAAUAAGAGUGGCAGGGGCCACUCCUCCUCUUCUUCCCAUCACCAGCAGCACUACCUCCCCCAGCACUACCAACACCACCAGAGCACUCCACAGCUCUACCGCGACAGUCACGAGCGUGACACACGAGAGCGAGAACGGGCUAGGGAGUGGGUGGGGGGAGGGAGCCACUACUCCCAUCACCCCCAGGGGCACCUUCAUCUCUCCUCCCAUGCCUCUUCACAGUCCCUGGCUCUCCUGCCUCCCCCACCGCCACCUCCCCCCAUCUCUCUUUCCUCGUCCUCUCCUCCCUCCUCUGCCUCAUCAUCUUCGUCAUCGCAGGGCGGUUAUGUUGGCGGUGGCCUAAGUGUUAGAGGGCCCAGUCUUAUGGCCCUCAGGAACAGCCCUCAACCGCUGAGGAGGACUGCCUCUGGGGGGCCUGGUGGCAGUGGAGGUAGCGAUGGAGGCCUCAGUCGCAGCACAUCAGUCACUUCUCACAUUUCCAAUGGCUCACACCUCUCUUACUCAUGAAGCCACCUGAUUUAAUCUCUGCUCUAAUAUGUGAGCUGAGUUCUGCUUCGUUAAGGAAAACCAAUCAACAGGGCUACAAGUUGUUCCAGCCAAAUACGUGGCUGAGGCAGAGCUAUAGAAUUAUUUUUUUUAUCCUGUUUUAAAAAAGCUUCACAGAGCUUGAGCAUAGUAAAGGAAAAAAACCCAAAUUUUACAAAUGUAAAUUAUUGGAUGUCCUUUCUGCAAGUGUGCACAAGGGAAAGAGAGAGAGGGUGACUUCAAUGAGUUACAAUGCAGCUGCCUAUAUUGUUAGGCAGUCAGAUGUAUUAUAGAAAAGCAAAAUGCUUACAGUACCCAGACAUGAAACAAACCCAUUCAAAGCAAUGUUGCAGAAUUUGGGACACCUUCAUUCAUGAAAACAAGAAAACAUGUGUUGCAAAACUACCAAGUCACCAAGUCAAGUCUACGCGCUUUUGUUCCUAAUGCAUUGAAUCUAUUGCACAAUUCUGAUUCGUAGUGUAUUUGUGUUUUAACUGCAAGGGACGGUUUUAAAGACCUCUGUGUUGGUUGGGGUCACAGAGCAGGUUUAAGUUUGCAUCUAAUUUUCUGCUUUUCAGUUUGGAUUAAACCGAGUAACGAUCGUCGGUUGUGGAGCUUCCACUUGGCUAGCGGUGCUUUAAAAACCACUGUAACUAUGUAAAUAAUGAGAAAUUGUAAGCCCGGUUUUUAAGUUCAUUCGUUUAGUGGGUCGAGGGGAGUAGAACAACACAGAUGAUAACCAAGGGAACAUUUCUUAAAAAAUACAUUUCUUUUUAGUGUAGUGUAGUUAUAUGACAAUUCAAAGUUCAAAAUACACUGCCAUCUGUUUUUAGGACUGACAAAAGACAACUCUACCACUGCCGUUUAUCUCGUCCGGGAACAUUCUGACCUUUUGGGGAAAUGGCUUGUUUUCUGUCUUGAUGAUUAUUAUUAUUAUUAUGUUAAUAAGCUCUGGAAGUGAGUUUUACAAAGAAAAAAGCAUAGUUUGUCAGUUGCUUUGCUGGGAUAUGGUUGCCAUACUACUAAAUACCAGUCGUCUGAUCCAAAAUGUGUUGAAUCGCAAAUAAGGACAUCUCCCCAGAUGUCAGUGUGGCCCUUUUGAAGGGACACUGCCUGAGAGUGUUUUUUUGCGUGUGUGUGUGCGGGCGUGCAGCUCUCACAGCUUCGCCACCCCCCAAUCCUCCCAUGUCUGCAUUUGUAGAUAAGGUGUACAUGUCCAUUACAGAUUAGUACAAUUCAGUGCAUGGAACAUAUGUACAGACAACAUUUGUAUGAAUAACAUGCACACUACCUAUUUAUAUAAAUGCAUAUAAAUGUAAGAUACCUGUGUAAAUGUAGCAGGUAUACUAAAGAUUGUUCACUGUCACAUCACUUUUGACUUUCGUUGUACUUACCAGUGUACAUAGAAGCACUAACUCUCAGACUGUGUUAGAGUAAUAAUAAUAAUAAUAAUAAUAAUGGUUCUUUUGUGACGUGAGUUAAACCGAUUUGUACUAGAUGCAAACAAAUAGAUGCUAUCAUUAUUAUUACUACUACUGCAGUUGGUAUAUUUAUGUUUGCUGAAUUAAGUUUUCUUUUUUUUGUGUGUGUAAUGCCAAUUUUGACCACUAGGUGGGGAAUAAGCGCAAUGUUACUGUGAGAGCUAUAAACAACAUUUUUAAGGAGGACAAAAGGACUACCUUUCCCAGCAUUCCCAUCGAGGUCUCAGGGUAGGGGUCUAUAGUUCAGGGCAGGGCUGUGUUCUUUACUCUUUUAUUUUUUUGAGCCAGUAUUAAGAAGUGGUGUGUCCACAGGCAAACCGAAUGACAUAUUCCCAGAUUCUUUCACUACAUUUGGUGCCAUAAUUUUAGGUUUUUUUUUUUGUUUGUUUGUUUGUUUUUUCUUUCACGCUUUACUGUGUGAAGGACUUUCCCAGAAACACUGUAACCUGCAGAAUAUGGAGCCCAAAGCUGUUUGAUUUGUUUGUAAGAAAAAAAGUAUAAACAAAUAAUAGAUUUGUGAAAUGUAAGUAAUGAUCGCUUCUCAUAAUUUUAAACACUUUGGAGCUCCAUAACAGAACUCUACAUCAUUCCUUAAGUAAACACCUCAUCAUUUGAUUUUGCACAGUUCGAAUGGGUAGAAAAAUCCUGUGGUCUCUUUCUGCAGCCAUCCCACAGGUCACGACAAGUGGAGAAUAAUUCAGGAUUCUAUUCGAUUUUUCAUAAGACUCCAUUGCUGCUGCAGAGAGUCGACCAGAGUGUGAUCUGAUGCGGUCUUUAGUUGUCAUGUCUACCUCAUUUGCACUGAUAGUAAAAGAAUGUUUGAGUGGACUUAAAAAAAAAGUUGACUUUGCUAAAUCUGUUUAGUUUUCGUUUUAUUUCUUUGCAAAUGUUGACAUCAAGUGAAGAAUGAGAGCAGGAGGGGACAAGUGGGUCCUCACGCCAUCUCAAUCUUCGGUGAGCGAAUUUAGAGUGGAAGCUGUAAAGAUUUUGAUUCCUUUCCUCUGCUGUUACGUCACUACAAGACAUGCUGGACUUGAAUCCUGAGUGCAGACACUAAAGGACAUUCAGUGUGUGUGUUAACAUAGGUUAAAAAACAUGUUGUACUGGUCUUAAAUUGGUGGAAGUGUGUGGUAGAAGUCUGUUGGCUGGGGGUGGAUGGACUGUUGCAUCUGCAUUCUUUAAAUUGUUAGGACAAAUGUUUUAACUGUGAGAUUUCAUUUUGCCAACUUUUUUUAAUGCGUUAUUUUGUAAGACUGUCAGUGAUGACAUUCCCAUUUUGCCAAUUAAAGCUGCACUAGGGGAAAGUAGGUCAAAAUACCUCAACUAGUAAAUGUUGUAGAUUUGUGUGUGUGUGUGUGUGUGUGUGUGUGGGUCAGAAUCACUGUUGGUUUCAUCCCAUCCCAAGAGUGUACAUUUUCAGAAUAACGGUCAGGCAAACAUCGCACAAUACGCUGACAUUCGCAUAUUAAUGUUUUGCCAAAUCCAAAUUUAAAGGUCUUUAGGAAGUUUCGUCUGCUGUUUCCUCUAUCGUUGAUGAAUCUGCCACUGAUUUCCUCAUCAGUGUUAAGGUUUUUUUUUCUAAAAAAGACCACACCCAAAAUCGUCAGUUAUAAAAUCCCAGUCAUUUAUCAACUAAUUAUUUUAACUUCACUGUCUUCACUUUUUAUUUGUGGCAGGGAGUUCAAACAUUUCUUUUUGCCUUUUUAAAGCAGUUCUUUUUUUAAAUGUUGCUUUCACUAAGGCUUUCAUUUGUGGUUAGAUUUUAUCUUGAUGGAGAAACAAAAGGCAAUACGCAUGGAACCGCUCUGGAAAGGUGUUUGUUAAAAUGCUGCUUUUAGAUCCACUUUAAUUACAAUUACUUUUCCCAAAAUGUCCGCCUAUUCAAUUUGGAUUUCUUGGUGCAAUUAUAAAAUGGUUCUGUGAGAUUCUGUGUUCCUGCCUCAGCUUCUAAAUGCAAAGAAAACCUCACAUGCGCCUAAAAGAAAACAAAACCACCCCCAGACUGGCGUUGAUGUUGGUCAGCAUUAAACUGACAGGAGCAGCUAUGAGGAUUGAGGAUAUGUUGCAGUGAGAGUCAGUGUUUGUGCAGAGGAUAGGAUGGAUGUUUGAGACAUGGAUGGAUUUCAGUCUGUUUUUUAAGCAGGACGGUGAGUUUAACAUGUUCAGGUUAAAUGCAAAAUGUUUGGAGGAGUGUUGGAAAAAUUGGUUGUACAGAAAUGUAACAAACUUUUGGAGAAAUAAAUGAACAAAAACAGAA